AUGCUCGUUCCGUUUCCCUCUCUGGCAAUACACGUAAUGCUCGUCCAUUGGCCCGUGGACCUCUACGACAAUUACUACGACGAAGUUCGGCGCCACGCAGAGGAUGAUACUCAAGCUGACCUCGAGAAGGAUUGUAUCACUAUCGGACUUCUAUCCGCAUUCCCUGGCAUUGUGGACAUGAGCGUGUUAAGUGGCAUCGUCUGCUUGUUGACUAGCACGGUCUGCUCGGCUGCUGCGGUGCUGUUGCGCACUCACCUGAAAGAACAUAAGGACCCUGCCAGUGGGAAACACACCGCCGUUCAACCCCGCUGGACCUCCAUCCCGCUUAUGUUCGCCAUCCCAGAUGCUUGGUUUGUAUGGGCGUCAAGCAUGUUCGUCGUGUUCUUCGUCGCCUUCUCCUGGGAGCGCCUUGCCCAGGGAUCUAGCGCGGGCACACAGAAUGUUGCGGAAACGCGCUUCUAUGUUUUCGCGGCUACCUUGCUGUCGGUGCUGGCGGCUUCGGGUGUCGCGCACGUUCUGGCAGUGCUGUGGGCGUGCCACCGGUUAGACGGGCAGAUCAUGGCUGCUUUAAGGCCGCAGCGAGAGACGUCACCGUGA